AUGGCCACAGCAGGAGGAGGAGAAGAAGCGACAGCGCAACGUAUAUUACGUAUUACUGACAUCAUCGAUGAGCCACUUCAAUUUACCGCACCCAUUGGUGGCUAUGAAGAAAUGCCACUAGUUCCACUUGAAAAAGCUGUCGAACCACUUGUUUCUAUUCUACAAGCUGUAAAAAGUCAUGCAUAUGUUGCCAAACAAAAAUGUGAGAAUCCUGCCGAUGGAUUGACACAAGAUGAAUCUGCCUCAAUCAUGUUAUACACUAUGGGCUGGAAAACACUUGAUAAAUGUCUGUAUGUCGCUUUAAACAAUGCAUUAAGAUCUCCAGAUCGUCAGCAAAGUCUUGAACCAUGGUACUUAUUUCUGAGACUAUUUCUUAAUGCGCUCUUCCGUCUGCCGUCACUACCAAAAACUGCAUAUAGGGGCGUCAAAUUAGAUCUAAGCGAGCGUUAUACUGCAGGAAAGACAAUUGUUUGGUGGGGAUUUUCGUCGUGUACAACAGCUGUCAGUGGUCUCGAUCAGGACAAUUUUUGGGAAUGA